AUGUAUCCAUUCACGAUUCCCCUGUGGCCCGAAGACGACGACACCGCCAGCACAUCGUCUGCUGUCUCCGAUGCGCCUAGCCUCGAGCAUCUUACGGAAGUCGAGCCUCGUACGUUCAUGGAUAUUAUCGAUGACGCCAUUCCAGAUUAUACCAAUUACCGCAGUCCCAAGUCCCCACUAUGCGAUGGCACUUCAAAUACGUUCCACGGCGUGCGGUUCGGUGCAGAAGCGCUCCCUGAGCGAGUGGUAAAGCAACACAAAUACCUUCGCCAUUCCCACAGCGCAGUCUUCAGAUCAUUCACCGCUGAUAUGGAACGCGAUAUCGCGUAUGCUCGGAAACUUCGCCUAGGAGAGCAUCGUCGACGUCGCCGCGCCUACAGCGUACAACAAGAUGCAAACAGGCCAUUCAUCGAAGGGACUCCUGAGGUUACUCCUUCCCAUGAGGCGCAAUGUGAUGUGAAUAUAAGGAAAUGCGCGAAGAUUGGGAUUUUUACGGUGGAGGAGAUGUGGCCUGAUCUUUUGGAGACUUUUGAGGAUGGAGCAGGCAAGGAUACAGAUGGGAAAGAGUUGCCACGUCCGAAAAAAGGACUCUACUCGAAAUUCAAGAAGUUCAUCAAGCCGCAUGGUGACAAUUUUAUCCGGAGUAUACAUACGAAGGAUGAAUGGGCUUCUGAGGCUGAAAAUGCGCGUUCUGGACGCCGGGAGAAGGAUGAUAACCAGAAUCAGAGGGCUGGGAUAAAUCUGCUCGCACAUACUAUGGGAUUUGGGAUGGGUCGAUUUUAA